AUGUCCACCAAGGGGUAUGGCUUAAUAGGGAGUCGACUAUCCAUAGCCUUUCAGAAAGAUCUCAAUCUCCCAAACAAGUUUACUACACCCCCAGUGCACUUGGACGUCCAAGUGGCAGGGUCCAGGGGGAUGGCACCAGGACAGCCGCCCCCACAGAUCAGAGCAUCCCAGGCGCGUGCUCCUCCCAAAAUAAAAGGCCAGCCCUGGGAUGUCUUGGUGGAGCGUCCAUGUGAUGUCCCCCCAAAGCAUCCUACUGAUGGCCAGGAGGUAUUUGAGGGCCGUCUCCUCCAAAAUUCUAAAAAACUACUCCAAGUAACUCAAUCUAGGCAACAGGAUCGAGACAACUGCAUGGUUGUUCUUCAAUGUCUUCAAUUCAGCUAUCGUUACGAAUGGGGUUCAGGGGUGCUGAUCCCCCAUUCACCACCAGCAAUGGACCUCUGA